AUGACUUUAUUAAAUGGCAACAGAGUAAAAACCCAACCGGCAAAAAAACUUUUAAUUGAUACUCUCACAAAACCCGCUAGUGUACUACCCAACAACAACGGAGAAUUUAAAAACUUUACGUUUGGAAUCCCACAACUUCAACAAGACAUCACCACCGAGAUAUUUGCAGACGAGAACCAACAGGAGAACCAAAAUAACAAACAGACAGAACUUAACGUUGAUAAUUUCACCCCUAGCGAACUGCAAAACAUCACCGCUGAGAUAUUUGGAAACGAAGGAAUUACCCUUGAGGAACUAAAUUCUUCCGCAGACAUGAUUGGGAAUAUAGAAUUUGAUACAUCAUUAUUACAGUCAGACUUCGACGACAAUAAUAACCUAGCAACAACCCAACAACCACAACAACACCGCGGUAAAGAUGUAUCUAUGGCAAAAAAAAUUCAUGACGAGGAAGAGAAAACAAACAAGAGAAAACGCGCGGAAGUACAACCCCGUUUAUCUGGACGACCCACGAUAAGGGAAACACUGAUGAAGAUAGAUGGGGAAGAUGAUUUAGAAGUAUUACAGCUGCGGGAGGCAAAACUUAUACUUGUUGGAACAAUCACUGAUACCUUCCGAAAAAGCAAAACCGUUUUUACUAAAUGUAAAGGGGGUGACAUUAUUGUAAAUACACAAAAACAAUUUUUGACAUAUGAACUAUUUGGUGAUUUACGUAAAAAAUCCUUAGACAUCAUCAAAGAACAGCGGGAAAUUUUACUUAAAAUUAAUGCUGCCGAAGCAACCAUGCACAAUUUAAUGAAAAAACCCAUGUAG